AUGGAUCCUUCUGUUCCCACUGCUGCUGCUGACCCUGAACCAACCCUGGCCCUAAGCAUUGCUCCAGCCCUAGCACAGGGACCCCUGGAACUCCCUGGCCUAUUAAGCCCAUCGCCCCUUCCUUUCCCUGGACAAGAAGUUGAUGGGAGUGAAAGAGGGGCUUGUCUUUGGAGGCCCUGGCUGUGCUCUACAAGUGAUCCCCCAAGGCAGGUGAGGAAACUUGUGGAUUUGGCCACUGGUGGGGCUACAAGUGCCGAGGUCACCAAAGCUGACUCCAAGUUCCAUCACCCCAUCAGGCUCUUCUGGCCCAAAUCCCGCUCCUUUGACUACCUAUACAGUUAUGGGGAGAUUUUACUGCAGAACUUCCCUGUCCAGGCAACCAUCAAUCUGUAUGAAGACUCAGACAGCGAAGAGGAGGACAACUGUGAGGAAGAGGAUGGGGACGAAGAGCAGGAGAAAAAGGAGGCAGAUAAAAAGGGGCCAGAAGGGUGUUUGAGGAUACUAAGGUCAGCACCACACAGAGUCACAAGUCAUCCUCCUUCCCCAUCCCUGACCUGUCCAAGCUAAGCCAGAGUCUGAUUAGGGUUCAGUAUGCCUGGCAAGGCCUCAGGUCAAUUACCAGGAAUCUCUAGGCACAACUCUCUGGAUUGAAAGUUGGGUCCUCAGUCACCAGUUUAGGCUGGCUAUACCCACCUGUGCUGUGAGCCCAGGCCUCUGGCAUCUCAUUGUCUGGGUUGCUGC